AUGCUUGUCCUGCCACCAGCGGGACCAUUGGUCCUAGGAGUCGCCCUAGUAGACUUCAACCAUCUGGUGGGACCCAAGAUUGAGUUCCACAUAGGUGACAUAUUUGAAGACGCGGAGGUAGCCAGGAUGUUGCCAUUCCUUGCGCUGCCUGAUGGUGCACAUCUGUACGAAGAAGAUUAUUCAUAUUUCCACCUUGUACCAUCGUCUCCUAAUCCCACCACCAUAUUCGGUAUAUCCUGUAAUCGCCAAAUAGCCGCAUCUGCUCUCCUCAUCAAGGACGUAGAUGUGACACGAUCUAUUGUCCAGAAAGCUGUGGUUGUACUUGCAUCUAAACCGGUGUUUGGACCUAUACGGGACAAGCUGGGUGUUGUUACUAGGGCGCUUUUCGACCAGAGAGACUUCACGUCCACAGACAUUUUGCGCGAUUUUGCUACGGCGUUGGAAAACUCCUUACGCAGCCAGCUGACUGAGAGUGGACUGUACAUGGGUACAAGUUUGCGACAACUUGUGCACACUUUCCGUCAUAGAACACUCGUUCUGCUGAAAACAUUGAUCCUGCAGAAGAAGAUUAUGUUUGCAGGUCCUCCUGUUGAGCGGCUGUGUACCUAUCAAUAUUCGCUUAUCUCCCUGAUACCAGGAUUAUUGCAAAACCUAGAGGAUUGUGGAUCCCCUCCGUUAGCCUCCCGAGCUCCUACACUCUCUCGACCUAACUCCUUGAAGACGUCAGACCGAAAGAGUAUGAUGGCUUUUAUGGGUCUCCCACUUGACUUGUUUGGAAAGGAUGCUUUCUUCCAACCUUAUGUCGCCCUUCAUCAAAUGGACAUGCUCCGGGACUCGCAGAGCUGGCUUUGCGGAAGUACCAACUCCAUAGUGACGCAGCAAAAAGAGGUUGAUCUACUCGUAAAUACCGAAACUGGCACGGUUGAGUUCAGAAAUCCCAGGCUUGAGAGACUUGUUACCCUGACUGGCGCUGAUCGAAAAUGGAUGGACGAAAUUGUGAAAGAUGUCACAGAGUCUAUGGGGGACAACGGUCCCGCAACUCCCAGCGUGAGGUUCAAAGGUAGUGACGACUAUCUACGCGCGAAGUUCGAAGAAUAUGUCGCUGCUGCAUUGUCCAGCAUCAAAUACCAGAGUUUCUUGUCCAAAGGCAAAGGAAAUGGUGUCAUUAUUACCGGAGGUACAGGUGGCGAUUCGAGGUCCGCCGAUGACUUCAACCCUGCUUGGAUUGUAGAAUUCAUGAAGACAUCGGCAUACGAAGUCUGGGACCGCACCACUGAUCCUACCUUGUUUGACAUUGUUGAACCACGGUAUGUCUGA